UCAGUAAGUUGUUAAUAGUAGUCUGCUUAUUCACUGUCAAUUGUCAACAAGACGAAUCGGGAGUUCGGGAAUCGGGACCACGUUUUUUUGUGAAAUUUACAAUCAUCCCUGAAAACUUAAGAUGACAGAAUCUCGAUCUCUACCCAAUAUUCUUAUUACUGGAACACCAGGAGUGGGCAAAUCAACACUUUGCCAACAAUUAGCAGAACAGACGAACCUGAAGUGGCUUGAGGUGGGUAAGCUUGCAAAGGAAAAUAAUUGUUAUGAAGAAUUUGAUGAAGUUUAUCGUUGCCCAGUUUUGCAUGAGGAUAAGAUUCUUGACCUAAUGGAAGACCAAAUGAGUGAAGGAGGUAAAAUAGUUGAUUAUCAUGGAUGUGAUUUUUUCCCAGAAAGGUGGUUUGAUAUCAUAUUUGUUCUUAGAACAAACAAUACAGCACUUUUUGAUCGCCUCUCAAAAAGAGGUUACAGUGGAAAAAAACUAGAAGACAACAUUGAAUGUGAAAUAUUUGGCACCAUUCAUGAAGAAGCUGUUGAUUCUUACAAAGAAGGUUCUGUUUUUGAGCUGUCCAGUAAUAGUGCAGAAGAGAUGGAAGAAAAUGUUGAACAGAUUGUGAAGUGGAUUGAGCAAUGGAAACAAAAUAAAAUUUAAAAUCUAGUUAUUGAAACUUGGCAAUGUUGAAUUAUCAAUGUAAAUAGAACCAGUGUGACUUAUCAGGGGACAACUACUGAACUACACCUGUUUUCUGUAGAACAGAUGAAUCAUAAUUUACAAAAUAUUCUUUGCGAUGGCAGUGAAUUUUUUUUUGCAAACUUGCAAAAGUAGAUUAUUAAGAAAUUGCUUGUCUAAGUCACAGCAUCUUCGUUCGUUUAACCCAUUGAAUCUCGCCCAAUGCGUUCCUUUUGGAAUUGGAAAGGGAACACUUUGUAAAUUGUCUUAUAAAAAUAUUAACACUACAGCUUGGAUGUGUGAUUCAGACUCAGUUUCAUGUUGGAAAUGCGGAGUGAUUGUUGACUUGAACAAAGAUCUAUUUUGUGAUUACUGUGAAGUAGUUCAGAAACCCAAGGGUGAUGCCGAUUACUUUACAAUUUUUGGCAUGGAAAAAAGUUUUGAAAUAGAUGCUAGAGAACUGACAAAAAAUUUUAGGCUAUUACAAAUGCAACUUCACCCUGAUAGGUUUUCCCAAAAAUCUGAGGAUGAGAAACAAAUCUCAGCUCACUAUUCAUCAUUGUUAAAUCAGGCAUACAAAACACUUGGCUCACCACUUGAAAGGGGACUCUAUCUUCUAGAAAUACAAGGACAUCCCCUAUCAGAUGAAGGAGAGAUAAUAAUGAAACCAGAGUUUUUAAGUGAAAUAAUGGAAAUUAAUGAAGAAAUUCACGAAGCUGAAGACAACAAUGAUCUUGAAAGAAUAAAGAAAACUAAUGAAAUUAUGCUGGGGAAAUUGUUUAGGAGAGCUGCAGAUAGAUUCCGAAAUAACGAUUGGGUAGCUGCGCGUGAAUGUCUUGCGCAGUUGAAAUAUUACUCUAAAAUUCAAGACAGGAUAAAAGAACUUGAACAGGAAUUUGAAGAAGAGAAAAUUAAUUAGAGAUACCUGUUGUAUAUGAGCUGUCUUGCUUCUUAAUUAAUAGAAUUUCUUCAUAUUGAGA